CGACCGUUCAGUUUGAUGUUUGGUACUGUGGAGUGAAGAAGCGGCGCCAUGUGUGUUGUGGGGCCAGAACCGUAACUUUACCACGAGUCAAAACCAACAACAAAUAAGGAUAAGAAGCGAAGGACACGAUGGAGGACACCCAAAUCACCAUAAACAGCGACCCAGCGAAUCCUACGAAGCUGGGAGAGGAGUCCUGCGCAUCCCUGAGGAGCAUAGGAGGUCCACAAAGACGAAGAGGAUCCCUGGCCAGCGUCACUCUUACGUUGGGCGCUGCUAUGGUAAUUCUAGUUGGUGCUAUUGGCUUCCUCUCCCUCGUCUUCGCUGCGUCACGAGUACCCAGCCAGUCACAGAGGGAGAAGGUCGUGACGUCACAGGAGAAGGGCCAAUCGGAAACGCUGCAUAUUGAGAAGCGAGAGGCCCCGGUGCAGCAGGGGAAUGUCCUGAGGAUCUCUGCCUGACGAAGGAGUGUGUUCAUGUCGCCUCCAGCCUCCUCAAGUUUAUGGAUGAGACUGUGGACCCCUGUGACGACUUCUACAGGUACGCGUGUGGAGGAUGGAUAAGGGAGAAUGAACAUCAAGUGGUGAGAGAAAACUUCGGCUACAGUUUUGUCUUCAACGUUCUCUCAGACAGCAUCGACACGACUCUUAAAGAGCUGCUAAGAACGGGCGGGAACGUGCCAGAGGAGCUUUUACAGACAAAACCUUACGAGGAUCUGUUUCUUUUCCACGAGAGAUGCAGAGAAGUGGAGGGAAGCACGCAGGAUAUGUCGCCAGCACACGACGCCUUACGAACACUGGACAAGUUUCAAGUCGGCAAGCCCUUUGACUCCUCCAAGUGGGAUCUGACUAGCGCCCUCCUGCAACUCCUUCAGAUUAACGGCGCCCCAGUUUUUGAUAUCGUUGUGGAUUCUGAUGUGAAGGAAGUAGGGAAGUUUUCAAUAGUGAUCACCUCCCCACGUAACUUCGGCCUCAUCUCCCGCCUCGUCAGACACCCGCUUCAACGCAGGAGUAAAAAAAAUCUCCAUAAGUUCGUGAGGGAGAGAGGGCGACGAAUGCUCUUUGGUAAUAAGGACGAGGCGGCGGCGGUGCGGGAGGCAUUGGCUAAGCAUGGACCAGUGUUAAGAGCUGGCAGAGACACACACACUCGCCACGCCCUUCAAAGAGACGCUGUGGGCAAUCUUGUGUCUGUUGGAGACCUGAAGGAGGAGGAGGACACCACUACAACCACAUUUGAAUCCUCCUCCACCUCCUCCUCCACCUCCUCCACUUCCACCACCACCACCAUUCCACUUACUACAACCUCCCAAGCAACUACCACUGCUACUACAACGGGUCUGCCCUCCACUACCUCCACCACCACCACUACCACUACCACCACCACCAUCACUACCAACACCACAACAAAAGAGGAAGAAAAAGGAGAAGAGGAAGGGGAACCAUUCUGGAUGUCCGUGGCUUCCGUCAGUAGGAGAAUUGUCUAUCGAUUAUUUAAGGAUGAUAUGGAAGAGAAACGGCUGGAGUCCCUUGCUUCCACCCUGCACGACGCCUUUCCAAACGCCAGUCUCCUCUCCUCCUCCUCCUCCUCCUCCUCCCCCUCCCCCUCCUCCUCCUCCUCCUCCUCCUCCUCUGAUGGUGAAGUUCCUGAUGAUAUUUACUCCGAUGUUAUUACGCAUUUUCUUCCAAUUCUACAGAAGCUUCUCCCCAGUGAAAGAGAGGAACUGGAGACUCAACAAAGCGGGAAACAAUAUAAUCUUUUUACUAUCAGCGCUCUCCACCAACUGUGCCCCGUGAUUGACUGGUCUGUUCUGCUUGGCGGGCUCCUGAACCUGACUGUUACGGACGAACACAAUAUCUACGUCCACUACCCUGACCAUCUCUCCAAACUGUGUACUCUCCUGGACAACACAGAGCCCUGGGUCAUCCAUUACGCCCUUCUGACUCUCUACUCCUACGACGUCCUGCAGGAGACUGUUUACGCUACUGAAGGCACGAACAGGGAGGAUUUCUGCCUACAGGCAGUGAAAAGCGUGUUUGGAGAAGUGAUGUCCAAUUUAUAUCUUCACCACAUUGGCAACGAUACACUAGAGAACAUCAAAACCAAGGCGUCAUCUCUAAUGGAUAUUCUGCGGGAGGAGGUGGAAGAGAGCGUGUCCGGGUCGGCGUGGCUGGGACAGGAGGACAAGGAGAAGGUGCUGGAAAGGCUACAUUCGAUGAAACUCAAGGUGGGGGCGAGAGAGAAGCAUUGGGAUAUAGAAUUCGUCAACAAGUCACACGCUGAGCUGAGUUUCCCGCUCAACGGCUCCUUCCUUCACACUGUCCUGGAGCUGUACCGCGCCUUCAGAUAUCAGCUCUACCAACUCCACCACACGCCCAUGGAGAGUGACGACUUCAUUUGGUCGUUCACUGUGCAACCUUAUAUGGUGGAUGCAUUUUACGCGGUGGAUAUCAACAGUGUAGUGUUUCCAGAGGCGUUCUUCCAUCCACCUUUCCACCGCCACAACGCUCCACAUUACAUCAAUUUUGGUUCCACUGCCACAUCAAUUGCUCAUGAGAUCUUCCACGCCCUGGAUUUCUUAGGCAUUCAAUUUGACGAGCGGGGGUUACUGACACGCCCCUUCAGCCAGGCCAUGGUGGAGAGACUGAACAUAACAUCUGACUGCUACCACAACCUGCUUACCGAGAACUUCUUCGAGGUUCGCUACAUGCAUCACACACUCAUUGCAUUGGAGAUCGACGAAGUUAUCACAAAAAACGAGAACAUAGCCGACAUCAGCGGUAUUCAUACAGCAUUUAAAUCGUACCGCCGGUGGGAGGAAGCGCAGGGGGUGGAGCCGCGCCUGCCCGCCCUCCCCCUUAACCCUCACCAGCUGUUCUUCGUGUCAGCCGCCCAGCCUUACUGCAGCGUCAGCACAAUGGUCGGCAACAUUCUCCUCAUGGAACUGGACGAACACCUGCCCAACAAGCUCAGGAUUAACGGGAUGAUGAAGAACAUGCCAGAGUUCUCCCAAGUGUUCAGCUGUCCUCCGACCUCCAAAAUGUUCUCUGAUCAAACCUGCCAUCUGUUCUAACCCAUACCAGUAAUUUCUCCAGCCCACACCUGCCCAUACAUUUGUUUUCUGUUAUGUAAGAGGGGAAACCUGGCCAAGAGCAACGUGAAUCGAAAAAAAAAGGCUCACUUAGCUGCCAGUCCCCUUGCAGGUCCGAGAGGGUUAACCAAAAUAAAGGGAUAAAUGUUUUGAAAUCUCCCUCUUAAAUGAAGUCAAGUUAUAGGAAGCUGGAAAUACAGAAGCCGGUAGGGAGUUCCAGAGUCCACCAGAGGAAAGUAUCUUAAUAAGCCACUCACACUUACAUUUCCUAAGCCAUUCUACACCUGCCACUUUUCUUUUUCUAAGCCACACCUGUUGAUAAGUAAAGACACACCACACCUGUCACGCUUCUUGGACUAAAAUACACCUGUUAACCCAUUCAGUACCAUGGCGCGUUUCCUUCAUUCUAUUUACUAUUUGAUGAUUUUAUACAGCUUCAGAUACUUAUGUGGGGAUUGAAAUAGUGAAGACUCUGGCCAUUAGUCUUCUGACCUCCAUAGACCCUUCCUAAUGUCAAUAAAAUCGUCCAAUCACACCCAAACCCAUGGUGCAAAAUGAGUUCCAGGGGUAAAUGUGUUCUGAGCCACCCACACCUGUCCCUGUGUUCUGUACUUCUGUCCACACACCUGCCCUUGCCUCACACACCUGUAGGUCAGUGAGGUGAAAGGCAAAGAAUGUAAAAAAGAGCAGAGUUGAAUUUGUUGUUAGUUUAAGUUGAUUUGUUUUAUUUUAUUGUUAUUUUUUUUGUUAAUGAACGAUAACCUGUAUUUAUUUAGACCGAGACGCAGGUCAGUGUUGAACGAAUAAAUUAUUUUAAUCCUA